AUGAAGGCUUCUCUUAUCACUGUCAUCGCUGCUUUGGCCUCUUCGGCCAUGGCUGCCCCUGCUGGCAGUCUCUCUGAUGUCAGUAUCCUCAAGGAGGCUACAUCCAACACAUAUGCUAUUCCUGCAGCAUCCCCAGCCCCCUCUUCCGGUGCCAGUGGUCACAUUGUUCAGGAUGUUGGCCAUGGUGUGAACCAGGUUCUCACUGUCACUGGCCCUAAUGCGAAGAAGCUCCUCAUUGAGCUUAGCCCCAGUGUUGCCGGCCUCCUCUCCGGCCUCGGCCUUCCCGGUGUUGGCGUCUCUGUCGGUGAGGUUGUCAAGACGGCUGCCUCGGUCGGCGACCUGGUCAAGGACCUUGGCCCAGUUGUUGACGGCCUUCUGACCGUCGUCAGCAAGGACGGUAGCGCUCUUUUGAUCAAGCUGUCUUCUGACAUCGCUGGCCUUCUCUCUAAGGCCGGUCUUCCUGGCGUCGGUAUUCCCGUUGGCAGCAUUGUUGCUACCCUUGGAGAGAACCUGAAGCGCUCCGCCGAUGGCCAGCUCGUUCAGGACGUUGCCCCCAAGGUGCAAGAUGUCCUUGAAGUCACCGGUACCGAUUCCAAGCGUCUCCUCAUCCAGCUCAGUCCAUCUGUCGCCUCUCUCCUCGCCGGUCUCGGCCUCCCUGGAGUCGGUACCUCCGUAGGUCAGAUCAUCAAGACCGCCGGUAGCGUCGGUGAUCUUCUUAAGGACCUCGGCGAGCCCGUUAAGAACCUUCUCACUGUCGUCGCCCAGGAUGGCUCUUUCCUUCUCAUCCAGCUCUCUCCCAAUGUUGCAGGCCUUCUCACCAAUCUCGCUCUGCCUGCUCUAGGCACUUCUGUUGGCAGUGUUGUCGCUACUCUUGGCACCAGUCUGUAAAUAGUGAGUUCAAUUAGCUUUGCAUUCGUUGAAUGGAAUGGAGAAUCCAUACUGACUUCAUUGAUUUGUCCAGUCAGACCGAAUGUGUCCACGGUCCCAUACCAGGCCAAGCCUCUUGGGAAUCCUGUACAUUCGGCAUGCCGACAAUGACUAGCGUGAGGACAUCAAAUGUUAUCAAUUUGCCGUAUGAUUGAGUCCAGAUAGACAUCUAUUUCGUUGCACAUAUUGGGGGCUUUUCGAGAAUACAAAUUUAAUUCAAAUGCAUACAUUUUUUUCUGCCCCUUUUUGAACGAUCCUGUUUUAGACAUGGCCUUAGCUGGAGCGGAACAUACCCAUACUUCAGCCCGAGGAGAAGCAGCAGCAGGUGGCCCGGAAAACAUCGCACAGGGCUGAACCCGGACAUGGGUAGCCAUAAAUGAGUGCAUGGAGCCUCCAACACUUAAUGUGAAUCAAGCUUAGACUAAGCAUAGAAGGCCAACUGCUCCUGUUCGUCACAGGUAUUGGCGAUCCUUGACUGGAUCUGGUCAGAGGGU